GUGAUGGUCUGGAUCCACGGGGGCAACUUUGUCUUCGGAGCGGCUUCCCGGUAUGAUGGCUCGGCCCUGGCAGCCUAUGGAGAAGUGGUGGUGGUCACCCUGCAGUACCGGCUGGGCAUUCUGGGGUUCUUCAGCACAGGGGACCAGAGCGCCCGGGGGAACUGGGGCCUCUUGGACCAGGUGGCUGCUCUCCAGUGGAUCCAGGGGAACAUUGAACCAUUUGGCGGGGAUCCGGAGCGCGUGACCCUCUUUGGCGGCUCGGCUGGUUCCUUCUGUGUUUCAGCCCAUGUCCUGUCUCCCUUAUCGAAAGGCUUGUUCCACAGGGCCAUCCUCCACAGCAGCACCGCCAUCCUUCCUGGGUCCUUCAAUGCCAGCCCUCAACCCAGUGCUGAGAAGUUGGCCAGAGCGCUUGGAUGUGAAGUGUCCAGUUUGGCGGCCAUGGUGGAGUGCCUCAGGCAGAAGAGUGCACAGGAGCUGACUGUAACGGACAUUUUCUCCCUGCACAUUGUGCCCGUUAUGGAUGGUGAGUUUAUGCCCAAGACUCCAGAAAACAUUCUGGCUGGGAAGGAAUUCAGUGCUGUACCCCUUAUGGCUGGGGUCACAAACAAUGAAUUUGGCUGGAACGUGCGCAUGACAUCACCUGAGUUAAAAGAAGUGGAAAGCAGGGAGAAGAUCCAUACCAUCGCAGAAGCAUUCCUUCCUCGCUUGGGGGUCCCACGCAAGGCCAUGCUGAUGCUCCUGGACACAUACCUGGGGGAGACAGAUGACCCCAAUGAGCUGCGGGACAGAUUCCUAGACCUUCUGGGAGAUGCGUUCAUAGUCAUUCCGACCAUAAGAACACUGAACUACCACAAAGCAGAAAGAAGCCACCGGCCGGAAGUGGCCACUAAACACGGACGCUUGCGGGGCACAGUGGCCAACGUGAAGGGUGUGGAGCUGCCAGUCAAGGUCUUCCGUGGCAUCCCUUUCGCCAGGCCUCCCAUCGGGGAACUCCGCUUCUCCCCGCCUCAGCCGGCUGAGCCUUGGCAUCACCUCAGAGAGGCAACCGCCAACCCCCCCAUGUGCCUUCAGGAUCUGGAAUGGAUGGAUGAAAUGAGCAAAGUGCUGAAUACAACAAUUCCCAAAUGGCCAACAUCUGAGGAUUGCCUCUACCUCAAUGUUUUCACACCGGACACAGAGGCCAAAUUGCCGGUGAUGGUCUGGAUCCACGGAGGGGGCUUGGUGUUGGGCUGUGCCUCCCUUUAUGACGGACCUGCCUUGGCUGCCUACGAGAACGUGGUCGUGGUGGCGAUCCAGUACCGGUUGGGCCUCCCCGGGUUCCUCAGCACUGGUUCCAAGGAAGCACGAGGGAACUGGGGAUUACUGGACCAGGUAGAAGCCCUGAAGUGGGUCCAGGAAAACAUUGAGGCCUUUGGAGGAGAUCCCAGUUCAGUGACCAUCUUCGGAGAGUCUGCUGGAGGUUUCAGCGUAGGUGCACAGGUAGGUGACGCGCUGCCCAAGCAGGGAGCAGAACUGCCUGGUUGCCUUCCAGAAGCCAUGGCAUCCGAACAGCAGAUGCUCCUCAUCUCUUGGGAGCCUGAUGGAGUGGAGGGCACCUUGGAUGAAGAGCGGAAAGCUGCCAAUCUCUCUGGCUGCGAGGCCAGCAGCUCAGCGGCCGUGAUGCUUUGCUUAAGGAGCAAGACAGAAGAGGAACUGGACAUCCUGAAUGGCAAGGUGAUUCAGGACAUUGGGUUUUCCCUUGCUGUGGUCGAUGGAGAAUUCAUUCCAAAGGCACCAGAGGAGCUGCUGGCUGCAAGCGAGUUCAGCGCUGUCCCGUAUCUAAUUGGUUUUAAUAACGACGAAUACGGGUGGAUUAUCCCUCAAGCACUGAACUUCCCUUUUAUAACGGAGCAGAUGGACAGAGAGGCAGCGUCAGCUGUGUUCCGCCAAGGAGCCUCCCUCAUGAGGUUCUCCCCGGAGGCUGUACAGUUGAUGCUGGAAGAGUAUUUCGAAGACACAGAGGACCCCCUGGAGUUACGGAAGCGCUUUCAGGAUUUCAUGGCAGAUGCCUUCUUCAUCAUUCCUGCCAUUCAGGCGGCCAGAUAUCAUAGAGAUUCUGGGGCGCCUGUCUAUUUGUAUGAAUUCCAACACCGUCCUUCCACAGUCAUAAAACCGGAUUAUGUAAAGGCAGACCAUGGAGAUGAAAUUGGCUUUGUUUUUGGAGUACCAUUCAUGAGCGACGGCCUCCUGGCGCCGGGUGACUCUACAGAGGAGGAGAGGCAGCUCAGCCGGACCAUGAUGAGAUACUGGGGAAACUUUGCCCGAAGCGGAAACCCAAAUGGUGAAGGUCUGGUGAAGUGGCCGCCCUUUGGCCAGAAGGAGGAGUACCUGCAGCUGGACUUGGAGCAAAGGAAAGCCGCGAAGCUGAAGGAGCGCGAAGCGGACUUCUGGCUGAAGACCCUGCCUGCGAAAAUGAAGGAAGUGGCAGAGGCGCAGGAGCCUCGUGUGGAGCUGUGAGGGCAAUGCCAUGGGAAACAGUUGGCCAUGAUUCGGAGGAGCAUCCCACCGACUGACCAGCCAUGCUGGCUAUUGGCCCUGAGAGAUGGACUGCAAUUGUAAUUCAUGAAUUGAUUGAGAAGCCCUUCGGGUUUAAAAGGCGGCAUGAUUUCAUGCUGUGUGCAUGUACUUCAAAGAAAUUACACGUAUGCACACUA